AUGGCGGGAUCCUCAGGCUCUAUCCAUGGCCUUACAGGCAAGGCUUUGCUGUAUUUCACAAGUAUAUUCGUUUCACUAGGCGUUUUCCUUUUUGGAUAUGAUCAGGGUGUCAUGUCGGGUAUCAUCACCGGCCCAUAUUUCAUCGACUACUUUAACCACCCGUCGAAAGCCGAGGUCGGAACAAUGGUUGCUAUUCUCGAAAUAGGAGCUUUUAUUUCAUCUCUUAUUGUUGGCCGUGUUGGUGACAUCAUCGGCCGGCGACGAACUAUUUUGUAUGGUUCUUGCAUUUUCUUCGUCGGAGGAGCGUUGCAGACGCUCGCCACAUCCAUGGUGAUGAUGAUGGUUGGCCGAAUUGUCGCUGGUCUUGGCGUCGGCAUGCUUUCUACCAUUGUGCCUGUCUAUCAAUCCGAGAUUUCUCCACCUCAUAAUCGCGGUAAACUUGCCUGCAUCGAAUUUUCUGGCAAUAUCAUCGGAUAUACAACUUCCGUAUGGGUGGACUACGGCUGUGGGUUCAUCGAGAGCAACUAUUCAUGGCGUAUUCCUCUCAUGAUGCAAUGCAUCAUGGGAGCUCUUUUGGGAUUGGGAAGCUUGGUCAUUGUGGAAUCGCCCAGAUGGCUCCUAGAUAAUGAUCACGAUGAAGAAGGCAUGGUUGUCAUUGCUAACCUUUAUGGCGGCGGCGAUAUUCAUAAUGCCAAGGCGCGCGACGAGUAUCGCGAGAUCAAAAUGGAUGUCCUUCUUCAGCGUCAAGAGGGCGAGCGGUCGUAUUCUGACAUGUUCCGCCGGUAUCGCACUCGAGUUUUUAUCGCCAUGUCUGCACAGGCCCUCGCGCAGCUUAACGGAAUCAACGUCAUUUCUUACUACGCCCCAUAUGUCUUUGAAUCCGCUGGUUGGGUUGGCCACGACGCCGUUCUCAUGACUGGCUUUAACGGUAUCACGUAUUUCCUUUCUACCAUCCCGCCUUGGUAUCUUGUGGAUCGAUGGGGUCGACGAAUGAUUCUUCUCACUGGCGCCGUGUUCAUGGCCAUUUCACUGUCUCUCAUCUCCUACUUCCUUUACCUUGAUGUCAAAUGGACUCCUAGGCUGGUCGUUCUGUUUGUCAUGAUAUACAAUGCUGCCUUUGGCUACUCAUGGGGACCAGUCCCUUGGCUCUACCCUCCUGAAAUCCUACCUCUUAGCAUUCGCUCCAAGGGUGCCAGCUUGUCGACUGCUACGAACUGGGCCUUCAACUGGCUUGUGGGAGAAAUGACACCAAUUCUGCAAGAGUGGAUCAAAUGGCGCUUGUAUCUCGUCCAUGCCUUCUUUUGUGUUGCUAGUUUUGUAAUUGUUUACUUUGUCUACCCAGAGACUUGUGGUGUCCGCCUCGAAGAGAUGGACUCGCUAUUCGGGGAUGCUAGCACUGUAGCCACUCCAUCUAUCCAUGCAGAAACCGGGUCACUCAUCCGGGGUGGAUCGCCUAUUGGAUCUAGCCGUACGCCAUUUCGCUCAAUUACUCCCAUUCCAGGGCUCACUCUUGACCCUCCUGAUGGUAGUGAUAACAAACCCAGCGUCCAGAGUGGCGGCGAUGACCGAAGCAUCAGUGGGUGGUUAUCAAGGGUCGUUAAUCGCGGCCGUUCAGGCAGUCCGAGUAGUGGCCAAGGGCGAUAUACUCCAAUCGGCCAGGAAGACGAGGGCCGCAAUGACAAUUAA